UCUUCUGUACAGAUGAAAACAGUUUUGGCCAGCUGUGGCUUUCUGAUAACGUGUCUACAGUCGGGAACGAUUAACAACAAGAAACAUACAUUCACUGGACUCUAAAAGCUGCGUCUGGAUCAGUGUGUUCAGGUGAUCGUAAUGGCGGAGGGAGGAUUUGACCCCUGUGAGUGCAUCUGCACCCAGGAGCACGCCAUGAGACGACUCAUCAACCUGCUACGUCAGUCUCAGUCCUACUGUACAGACACAGAGUGUCCUCAGGACUUACCAGGACCCAGUGGCUCAGUAGGAGGUGGAGACCUGACUGUCCCCGUGGUUCUGAUGGGCUGGAUGGUUCUGGUUCUGCUCCUCUUCCUCCUCAGACCCAACAGCCUCAGAGGAUCCCCAGCACCGCCUGCUGGCAAACCUACUGGACCUCACAGUGUAGAGUCGUGACCAGGAUCCCCCAGCUCCACCAGUGGACUAGCAGCAGAACCAGACGGAACAGAACCGGAGAGAACCAGACGUUCUACUGGACAACCCAACAUCUCCACCGGACGUUCUACUGGACAACCCAACAUCUACACCGGACGUUCUACUGGACAACCCAACAUCUCCACCGGACGUUCUACUGGACAACACAACAUCUCCUCCAGACGUUCUGCCCGUUCUACGUUGGUACCCCGGAACCCAAUAGCUUGGCUGCGACCUCUGACCCCUGUACAUCACAAUGCAUUUCCUGUUUAGUGCACUACUUUAGACCAGAGCCCUAUGGGUAGUAGUGCACUACUUUAGACCAGAGCCCUAUGGGGGUAGUGCACUACUUUAGACCA